AUGUGGCUUGUAUACACCGAUUGCAUCCAAUUUCGUCCACCACUAUUUUGUGUAAGCACGCUGAAAGAAAUUUUAAUUGUCAUACGAAAUUUGUGCACUUUAAGUAAUAAAACGGAAAUAAUCAGAAAAGAAAUCGAGUACCAAUUUCGAGCCGGCCCCAUAAACCAUAUCGCACUUACUAACAUUGGCACACCAGAAAGUGUGCAAAACACAGCCAACAUACAGCAUAUAGAAAAAGUGGCGGCUACCUCAGCCUAUGAGGAACACGGAUUUUCAUCAAAUCGACUCUUGCUUCAGGUGGUUGAUUUAAAUUUGGUUCCCAAUGGCUAUGGCACACUCAUGCCGAAAACAUCGCAGCAGGGGAUUGUUGAGGUUGUAGAGUACACGCAACAACUCCAGGAACCAUAUCACAGUGGGUCCGUGGCCGAUUUAUGGCAAGUAGGCCAGGGUUCUGUGAUUAGUUCAAGCGUUCCUGUCGAUCAGCAAAUCCAAACGACAACCCUAGCGAAUAACGCAUAUAUUACGCAGCAGGGGAUUGUUGAAGUUCUAGAAAACACACAACAACACCAGGAACCACCUCACAACAACAGUGAGCCUGCGGCAAAUUUAUGGCAAUUAGACCAGGAUUCUGUAAAUUAUUCAAGCGCUUCUGUCGAUCCGGAGCACGUCCAUGCAAAUUCUCAGACCCAGACAACUUUACCGAAUAACCCAAACACUUCUGAUUCUCGUUUGGCCACAUUACAACGCACAGCAGAGUUUCUAAACGAAUUCUGCGAGAACCAACUGUGUAAUUGUGAUCUUGAAACGUUUUGGAAAAUAUUAUUGCUCCGUCGUAAAUUGUUCGAUGUGCGAGACUAUCUGUUGAGCGAAACGCUUGACGCUGAUACCAGGGACUGGCUUCAAUAUUUUGACGACAGAUUGGCCCCCGUGUCGGCUCGCAUUGACCAAAUAAAUCGCGAUAACACAAAAGAUCCGAUGGGCUUCGAUCUCCUAACGAAAAUACGUCAUCUGUUUGCGCUCGGCAGUUGGAAUAGCGGCAAAGACUCACAAAACACAAUAGCUGGGGGCGAGGGAGGCACCGCUGAAAUCAACGCUGACAGUGCAUCUGCAAAGAAGCGACGUCGGUCUAUUCAAGAACUCGAAGAAGACUCCUUCUUAAUCAAAUAUCGUCGUGUGAAUAAUACAUUCCCCAAAUAUAUACCGAAUGACGCUGACGAAUACAACUUUACGGCAGCAAAACCGAUGGCAACCAAUCGCAGCCAAAAGAAUCGUUUCAAUCCGUCGGAUGCCAACGAUGGACAAACGGUUGGCGUACCCACGCCAGCACGUCGCUCGAUAUUUGAUGUGCCACAGACGAUACGCACGCGUGUACGCAACACAAAUUCCAUGGCCGUCAUAGAUCUGUCAGAUGAUGAGAAUAACGAUAGAUAUGUUUACUCUGGUUCGAGAUAUCGGCCACUCCGCGGCUGCAUGAGUCGCCCCAUUCCCAUGCCCAAGGUAGCAGAUCAGGAAUGUGUACGCAGCUCAUCUGCCGUGCGACCGAAUCUGCUUUAUUCCGAUGCAGUGCGUCAUGGCACGAACGGAUGUCUAAUGGACUAUAGCUAUAUGCGGCCUUCGAGCAGCUUGUCCUCUAACGCAGCUGAGGGGCGUCUGAAUUGGUAUGAUCUGCAUAACGACAGUAUUGUGAUGCAGGAGGAUCAGCAAUGCGAUCGCACCCAAUAUAUUGAUCUGAUCAAUAACAUGAGCUUGCAGGAAAUCCGAUCUCCGAUUCAGGAUCAUUAUAAACCAAGGCCACCACCAGUGCAACGUAUCGCCCGGAAUGGCAACGAUUGGUUCAACAGGCUGCUCAAGCUUAAACCAACAAAUACCAUUAACGAUGAGGUUGCUGAAUACGCCAAGUUGAUUGAUAAAGAUACAGAUCGUCAAGAGCCAACUAUCAGGAUAAUGCCACCGCUUGUGCGCUGCGACAGCAGGAUCGCCACUUCCAUAAGUAGCAGUAGCAGCAUUAGCAUAAGCAGCGGCUCCCACAGCAGCGAAAGCACAAAUGACUGUGCCGCAGCCCCCCAACCAGAGGCACCGCCGGUCAUCGACCUGGAUGACGUCGACGAGUAUGUGAUUGGAAGCAACACCACUAUUGGCAAGACCGCCAAUUCUGAACAUAAUCUUAACACAUCACUGACUUCCUUGUCACAAACAAAUGCUCUGCAACGCCACUUUGAGUUGUCCUCCUAUUUCUCGGACAACUUUGCGACCGCUUUCUCGGAACGUUGUUCGCGUAAUCGCAAAAGGAUGUCAGAUGCCAAGACUAUAGCCUGGCAGGAGGCACAAAAGUCAUCUAAUGAGCGUCGUGCUUUUGAGCAGGGAUUACGCGAGCAAAUUUCACGUUUGCGUAUCAUUCACAAGCCCAUAUUCGUCAUAGAUAGUUCCUCAAAAGUAGCAUUAGAGGAAGAGGUGGAGUUCCCACCCAUGACCGAUGACCAUAUAAAACGCUAUAACGAACUUGUGCAUGGUCCAGGGCCGCAGGUGCUUGUUUCCAAGUUCAGCCUAAAUAUUACAAGGAACGACAUACACACACUCGUCGGAAAUCGGUGGCUCAACGAUGAGGUUAUUAACUUCUACAUGAACAUGCUCACUGAUCGCUCAGAACGAAAAUCUGGAAAACUGCCCAGCGUAUACGCAAUGAACACAUUUUUUGUGGCUCGUCUACUCCAAAGUGGGCACAGUGCCGUUAAGCGCUGGACCCGUAAAGUGGAUUUGUUCAGUAAAGACAUCAUCCCCGUGCCGGUGCAUGUCGGCGGCGUUCACUGGUGCAUGGCCAUCAUACAUAUGAGAAACAAGACCAUACGCUAUUACGACUCAAUGGGUCAGCCGAACCCAACGGUUCUUCAAGCCCUAGAGCUAUAUUUGCAUGAAGAGUCAUUAGACAAGCGCAAGAAACCUUUUGAUAUGAGCGACUUCAAAAUAGAAAGUGUUGCAGAUGUACCGCAUCAGACAAAUGGUAGCGACUGCGGCGUCUUUAGUUGCAUGUUUGCUGAGUACAUAACGCGUGACAAGCCGCUUACCUUUACGCAGGAAAAUAUGGAAUAUUUCCGAAAGAAAAUGAUCCUCGAGAUCUGUGGAGGUGAGCUGUGGCUUUAAGUCACCUACAUUGUUCGGUUAACAGAAUAAAAAGGAGCAGCAGCAAACAGGCAGACCGAACCCCUCGGCUCUAUACAAUACUACGUAUAAACAGAAGCUGACAGCUUUCGACGCAUCAUAGAUUGAAAUUAUAAGUAUACAUGUAUUUUAAAAGAAUUUUCAUAUUUAUUUUUGAAGCACAGAUUAGCUUUUAAAGAAGCAUCUUAAGUGUUGUUCUUGAACAGGAGGUGUUAGAGAAAGCUAUAAAGAAAGCGUGAGAGCAAAAACAUAAAAAACAACAAAAACUUAAGUUCUAAAUUAGAAAAUGUUGUAACUAGUAUAAGCAUACAUUAGUUUUUAUAGUCUAUCCACAUGAAUGUUCUGAUUUUUUGCGUUCGUUUUUUUUUUGUUGCAGGAGUUUUAUUUUUACUUUUUUUUUCUUGAAAAUAAAAAAACGUAAAGUUAAAUUUAGUGCCCUCAGCACAUAAUACUUUCUAUCCCUUUUAGUGUUGAAAGCAUAAGAAAGAAAACACUCAUAAUGUUUUUUAACAUAACAUAAUCAUUUAAGUAAUAUCUGUACGAAGAAUAAUUGGAAUUUUUAGUAUGUACUACAACAACAACAAACUACAUCAACCAACAAUCCCUGUAAUAAAAACACUAGUUUUUCAAUAAAUGCUAA